AUGGCCAGCCAUGAACAGAGUCUCCAGUCUGACAACCUGAGCCCCCAGCCAAGCACCUCGGCAUAUCCCCUGGAAGUGACAGCAAAAAAAAAGCCUUUUACUAUAUCCUGGGUUCUUCACUCAGCUCCCUGUGUGGAUUCCAGCCCCCUGCCUCCAAACGCUGGUGGCAGUAAGAGGAAGAGGGAGCAGUCAACAGAAGAGGAGGGCAAGGAGGAGACCGCUCCUGGGCCUGAAAACAUCAGGGCCCUAGAGACGGUGUGCGGCCAGGAAAUGAGGCCAAAGAAGCAGCGCACAUCCACGGUGCUGCCAGAACACCACGAGGCCUUUGCCAGGCUGCUCAAGGACCCUGUCGUGAAAGGGUUCCUGGAGUGGGACAGAAGCCUGAGGCUCGCAGACAAGUACCUGUUGGCCAUGGUCAUCGCUUACUUCAGCCGCGCAGGCCUCUUCUGCUGGCAGUACCAGAGGAUUCACUUCUUCCUGGCCCUCUACCUGGCUCUUGAUAUGGAAGAGGAUUACCAUGCCCCUAAAGAGACCAUCUUUUCCUUCCUCUAUGGGGACAGCAACUGUGCCCGGCGUCCCUUGUUCCACAAACUGCGAUUUCAGUUCUUUCGUUCCAUGGGCUACAGGGCAUGGGUCACCAAGGAAGAGUGCGAAGAGAUCCAGGCCUUUGAUCCCGAGCUGUGGGUGUGGAAGCGAGAUCGCAGCCUCCUUUCUGACCUCUCAGAGCAUGAGGUAGGUGUGCAGGAAGGCAGGGCUGUGUCUGCACAGGUCCAGAUGGAAUGACUGGUUGUCCCUCUAGGAAAUCCAAGACAUUUAACUGCUGCACCCAUGCUCAUCCACCCCACCCCUCCCCAUCACCCUACUACACACUGUGAAGUACACCCACCAGGCACAUACCCAGGCA